UCCUCCCCCUGAGAGACAAAAAAUCACGGCCCGGCCUCUUCAGAUCUGUCCAACUACAGUUUGUGAUGACGGACCCAAAUGCACCUCCGUUCAUCCCAGGGGCUCUGGGUCUUGGCUUGAUGCCGGAUAUGGGCACCCACCUCUCGCAAGAGGAGGCAUUGGCGGCCCUCGCCCGUGCUCCGCCAGGGCUGGGCACCUACAACCGUCCUGCGCCGCCCACCGAGCCGCCGCCCAUGCCCCCGGGGGCAGGUGGGGGGCCUCCGAUCCCCGGCGUGAGCUUCGGGCUGGGCCUGCUGGGCCCGCUGCCGAACCCGCUGCCCAUGGACCCGCGGCUGCAGCCGGGGCGGCAGCCACAUGCGUGCCAGGCCAUCGGUUCCCAGGUGAAUCCCAUGGCAGUGGGCGGUGCUAUGGGGCCCAUGGGGCCUAUGGGGCCCAUGGGGCCCAUGGCGCCCAUGGGGCCCAUGGGGCCUGUGGGCGGGCUGGCCGUGGGGUCGCCGCUGGACUGGGGCCGCGACCCCAUGCAGCAGGGCGUGCCCUGCGCCGUGCCGCAGCACUUCCAGCCCAAAGCGGUGGGGCGCCCAGCUGCGCCGCCGGAGGCAGUGGAGGUGAAGCCUCCAGAGCCCCUGCCGACGCCCACGCCCACACCACCCCCGCAGCCGGCGCCGCAGCCCACACCGCAGCGCGAGGCGCCCCGUGAGGAGCCCGCGCCGGCGCGGGAGGUCCAGGAGACCCGGGAGGUGCGCGAGCCGCCGCGCGAGGCCCGCGAGGUCCGCGAGGUCCGCGAGGUCCGCGAGGCCCGCGAGGCCCGCGAAGAGCCGGAGGUUCGGGACCGGGAGAACCGCGAGCGCAAGAGCGAGAAGUACGUCCCCCCGGCGGAGCGCAAGGCAAAGCCCGAGAAGCGCUUUGACUCGCAGGCCAUCGAGCGUCGCAAGCAGAGUGACAGCUGGGAGGAGGGGGCCGUCCCGCGCGCCAAGGUUCCGGCAGGAAGCGGCCCGAAGCCUGAGGACAAGGAGAACCACAAGGCCCGCGGCGACUUGAUGCGGGCCGUGUUCCGCGCCUGCGACGCCAACGGCGAUGACUGGCUCGGGGAGAGCGAGUUCCGCAACAUCGCCAAUUUCUACGGCUUCAAGGGCAACGACCAGAAGUGGACGGAGGAGUUCCGGGUGCUCUGCGAGGAGAAGAAAGCCAACCCUGCCAAGGGCAUAGGCUUUACCCUCUUCACCAGCCUGCUGAACGACGAGAAGGGGGGCCUCCUGGCCACCAACGACGACCUCCGAAAGAUGCUGCGAAGGCUGGAGGACAGCAAGAAGGCAGGCCCAGCCAAAGCUCCAGGAGGAGACGUGGGAGGAGCAGUGCCCGAAGAGGGCGACGAGUUCUACCAGAAGCUGAAGAGGACGGUGAAUUGGUACAACAAGCACGGGAACCUGAGCGACCAGAUCCGGCUCAGCCAGGUGGCCGACGUCCUUGCGGAGAUCAAACCGAAUCAAGCCAUGAAGAUCCUCUACGACUUGGACACGGCAAAGGAGACGCUGCCGGACCCGACGGGUUGGAUCAUCGCGGAGGCGCGGAAGCGGCGCCAGGCCAACGAGCAGCCGAAGGGCAAGGGCGAGGGCAAGGGCGAGGACAACAAGGAGAAGGGCAAAGGCGAAGGCAAAGCCGCCGAAGCCAAGCCCAAGGAGACGCCGGAGUGGCGCCAGGAACCCGCCGAGAAGGGCCAAGGCUACAAGGGCAAAGGGGCUGGAAAGGGCAAAGACGAGCCUGAGGAGGAGACGGAUGAGUUCCGGGCCAAGAUGCGCCGGACCAUCAACUGGUACAAUCGGCAUGGGCACCUGCUGGCGCCUAUCCGCUUCCAGGAGGUCAUCUCUACCUUGGGCAGCACCGACCCCCGCGUGGCCAUGAGGAUCCUCAACGACUUGGACCAAGCGAAUGCUGAAGCCGUCUUGAGCGACCCCACCAAGUGGAUCAUUGAGGAGUGCCGCAGGCGUGUGGCAGGCGACAAGGGAGCCCCCACGCCGAACUCGGGCCGCACGAGUGCUGGGACAGACGUGCCUCAGCCCAAGCCACUGGCGCUCAGCAAGCUGGCAGGUCUCACCGCGGUGCCUAAGCGCUUGGGGCCUCCUCCGAAGAAGGAUGCGGCUCCGGUGCCCGCCGCGUCAUGAUGCUCGCACCUGGGGCAAGCAGCCGGCGGAAGCACCAACAGCUCGAGGGAGGAUCCGGCCCCUGUGGGGCCGGGUUCGAUCAAAAAGCCACGUGAUCGAA